AUGAAUAAGAACACUGAGAAUUUGAAAAAUAAUACUGAUACUAAUAAAACAGAAACAAAUUCGCCUGAUGAUAAAAAUGUGCUAGAAGAUAAAAAUGUACCAGAAUAUAAAAAAGUACAAGAAGACAGAAAUGUGUCAGAAGUUAAAAAUUUAUCAGAAGACAACAAUGUACAAGACGACAAAAAUUUGCUAAAAGAUAAAAAAAUACAAGGUGACAAAAAUGUGCCAGAAGAUAAACAUGAACCAGCAGUUAAAAAACCACAAGAAGACUUAAAUCUGCUAGAAGUUAAAAAUGUACCAGAAGAUAAAAAAGUACAAGAAGACAGAUAUGGGCUAGAAGUUAAAAAUUUACCAGAAGACAAAAAAGUACAAAACGAAAAAAACGUGCUAGAAGAUAAAAAUGUACCAGAAGAUAAAAAAGUGCAAGAAGAUAAAAAAGUACAAGAAGACAGAUAUGGGCUAGAAGUUAAAAAUUCACCUGAAGACAAAAAAGUACAAAACGAAAAAAACGUGCUAGAAGAUAAAAAUGUACCAGAAGAUAAAAAUGUACCAGAAGAUAAAAUAGUACAAGACGAUAAAAAUGUGCUAGAAGACAAAAAAGUACAAAAAGACAAAAAAGUACAAGAAGACAAAAAUGUGCUAGAAGACAAAAAUUUGGUAGAAGAUAAAAAGGUACCAGAAGAUAAAAAAUGGAUACAAGAUGACAAAAAUGUGCUAGAAGAAAAUAAAAUACCAGGAGAUAAAGGUGUGCCAGAAGAUAAACAUAUACCAGAAGACACAAAUGUACUUGAACAAGAAAUGGAAAAGAAUGAACCCAAACAGGAUAUUUCGCCUGAAACGUUAUACGCAGAAAAGACUUAUCCGACGGCUUAA